UCGAAAUUUGAAAUGUGGAAACAGAUCGCUAGUGCCUGUGAAUAGACAACACUGCUACUAAUAAAUAAAACUCUAAACAGAGCUCUGGACAAAACCAGGACUUUGGCCUCCAUUUGUUUUGCUGGCUGAAGAUGGCAUCACUUUCUCACAGUGAUUUUGUUUCACUGGCUGAGGAGAAAUUUGACUUUGACGUUUCAUUGUCACCUGGAAGCUCUAAAGGAGAUUAUGAAGUUGAAGAUGAGGUCUUCGUGGGUCCAGUCAGUCAUAAAGAGAAAUGCAUCUCUCAUGGUGUGGAGACUCAAAUGAAGGACAAUAUAAGCAGUGGUCAAUCUCUGGGAGAAGAGCCCAGCUGGAGUCCACUCACUGGAGAAAAGUUUGAUGAAAUCUGCAAAGAAGCUCAACAACUCGCCAGCCACAUUGAGCAAACCAUCACUGAUUCUGCAGCCGAGAGCAGCGUUGGAUCCUCGUGUCAACCUGAGACAUUUGAAGAUGAUGCAGCAACUAAACUGAACAUGUUCAGCAAGCCAGCUGAUGUUCUGAGUCCCAUAAAAAGAGAGACCUUCCUAGUGCAGGACAGUCCCAUGAAGCAGCUUCCACCCGCCAUUCAGAAGCGCAUGAUGAAGGCUAAUGGAAGGGCUGGGUUUGGAAAGCCACGUCUCAGUACGUCCAGUCCAGUCAGGCCUGCUGUGACACAACCUAAGUUGGCAUCCAAAAGCAAAGCCCUUGUGGCCAAUAGUGGGGUGUUACCCAGCAAACCCACCGGCCAGGGGAACUCACGGCUUUCAUGUAGUGCAAAACCAUUACCACCCAACAAAACUAGGCUUCCUCCUCCAAGCAGAGGUAAUUUUGGUCUGAAGCGCAGUCCCAGCAGUAGGAACACAAGCAGAGCUGGUUCCUCUGAAGACCUUCUCUCUGAUAACACCAGUGUUGCUUCUGACAUCAGUGAUUCCUCCUUUAACACUAGUUUGCCUGGACGCAGCAGCAUUCCGGCCAGAAACAAGGCCGAGUUGCGAGCUCCAUCUGCUCUUAAAGCUCCUUCACUCCAGAACUCAAGGGUUGUGGACAGAAGGAGAAACACCUCGUCCUCUUCUUCAUCUGUGUCCAGCAUUAACUCCAGUCUAACGGUCUCUCCGGGGAGUAAAGCCAAACUCAACUCCUCUCUAAACUCCAGCACUAACAGCAUUGGCGCUCGUUCUCAGAGCAGGUUACAGAGUUCUAACCGCAAGUCCUCAGUUGUUGCCCGAAACCCAGAGCCUGUCGUCAGCAGACGCACCUCUAUCACUGCACAGAAUAGAAGGACGUCUGAAAUGAUGCCCAGGCCUGUCAAAGCGACACCCAUGAAGAAGACAGAGCCGCUGCCGCCUCCACAGCUCCAGACUCCAGCAAAGACAUCCAGCAUUCCUGCAUCUGCUGCAAAAGUCGGAAGUGCUUUUCGAGGAAACCCGAAACUGAGGCUCUCAGUGGUGCCCACGCCAACAAACUACAUGAAAGGAGUUCACAAGUCUGAAGUUUCCACCUCACCUGACGUCCCCCGUAUCAUGAAGCCAAAGAGAUUAUUGACCGCAUGCAGUGUUGACAGUAUUCCUGAUCAUCUAGCGGCUCCUCCAGUAGGCCUUCUGACACCCUCAGCCAUGGCCAGUAAACUGAGAAGACCCUCGGCUCUUCCUACCCCAGUGAACCGCCGUGUGUCCGGCAUUCCUGCACUCACACCUAAAAGUGUGUCACGUCUGAGUAAACCUGCCCAGAUCACUCAGUGCUCAUCCACUGCUGACCAAGUGCCCACUCAUCUGAGCCCAGAAAACAUGAAAGGAAGUGAGAAAGCAGAAGACGAGCAGCCCUCAGUGUCCAUGGAGGAGACCUGUCCUCCUGCUGACCUCCAGCCCUGCUCUCUGCUCUUCAAUAUGGAGGACGAGUCUGAGGGAUCUCCUGCCUGUGAGCCAGCAGACAUGGAGCCUCCUCCUGAACCUCCGUCACAUCAUCCAGAGCCUCCAUCAUGUGAUCCUGAGCCUUCUUCUCCAGUCGACGUCAAGUCUGCAACACCUCCAACCACAGCAGACACGCACAAACAGCACCCGCAGAAGAACAUGGAGAAAAAAGAGGUUUUGCUGGUGGACGCGCCUGCACCAACACGUCAGCUGUCAGAAAAGCUGCUCAUUGAUUUGUCCAAUACACCAGACCUGAUCAAAACCUCCUCUGCAAAGCCCUGGGCGGGACAGUUAAUUGACCUGAGUUCACCUCUUAUAAAGUGGAGUCCAGAGAACAAGAAAAGAUCUGAAAAUGUGGCGCCACUGAUCGACUUAUCAUUUUAGAGGACCUGCUGAUUUUACUGUGAACUGUGCCAGGAAAAAAAUAAAAUAACUGGAGCAUUUCAAAUGUGCUAACAUGAACCUAAAGAGGGAGAGCAGAUGCUGCUGUUGUCGUUAUUAACCUUUUUUCUGUUUUAUUUGUGUUGUCUGUUUCAUGUGAAUUUAAUGUAAUUAUGGUAAUUUGCUAAAUUUUAGAAAUGAAACUUAUUGUAUUUCCCCCCCAGAAGGUACAAAUAAAUGUAUUAAAUUUA